GCCCAAGGGGAACGACCGGAAACAAGUAGAGACAAUGAGCAGACAAGUUCUCCUCCUUCUUCUUAUUCUUCCUCUACAUGCCUACUGUGCAAUGGCACCACGAUAUUGCGAUGCAAAACCAAGUAAUCCUCACAUGUACCAGCGAUGGCCAGAUUCUGGAGACCUUGGUUUGGAUGAUUCACUGAAUACAGGAAUUAUGUUGUUACCAUUUGAUUAUGGGUUGAUAUUGGAUUAUCCACCUGGUAUAGGUUCAUGUGGAGGAAGAUAUCCGAUUUGGAAGAAAGGGAAAAGAGGAAGCAAUGUCUCAGUAGCAUGUGUUCAAAACGAAACCGACACGUGUUCCACCGAAUACGAACUUGAAACACUCAGGUGUAAUAAUGCUUUUGAAAUCUAUAAGAUUGAGACUAAUGUCAAGAGGAGUGUCGUCUGCUUGGCGCCCAACUACUGUCUGAGCGAGCCAUGUGCAAACGGAGGAACAUGUGUUGCAGGCCGUGACGGUUUCACAUGCACGUGUCAGAAUGGAUAUACAGGCCGUACCUGUGAAGGUGAUCCAUGUACUAUUUCCAAUCCAAUACCUGAAAUUGAGAAAAGAGGACCAGCAAACAUAAAUGAAGGACAAGUACGAGAUUCCUCUUUGACGCAUGGAUGGUACGACUCGUUUAACGACACACAGAUACUCAUGAGGUCUGUUCUUGCUCCAGCAUGUGGGAGCUCUUAUCCCUUUUGGGUCAAAGAGGUUAAAGGGGACCUUGCAGUUCUAUGUGUGGCUACGCGUAAAAAUGACUGUUAUGCAGCAUACAGAAACAUACCGGUCCAGAACUGCAGCGACGGUAGACAAGUGCUCAAGUUACCACGUCUCCAUGGUCCAUUUUCGUACUGCUAUGAUGUUGACGCAUGUAUCAACAAUCCCUGCUUAAAUAACGGGACUUGUGUGGCAAACAAGGGCGAGUUCACCUGCACCUGUCCACCGGGCUUCAAAGGAAUUGAAUGUGAAAGAGAAUGCACAUCAGCGCCUUUGGAUCUCCUCAUCAUAGACGAUAUGUCUACCUCUGUCAAUCAAAGCGAAUAUGAGAAGGUGAAGUCCCUUGUGCUGACUACCAUAAGUGAUAUAAGCAUUUCUCCAACUGCUACUAACGUAGCUUUCAUGGUUUUCUCGGGAAGAGCCGAAGUCGUAUUCUACUUGAAUACUUACAGUGAAAACAAGACAAGUGUCAUUGAAGCCAUUGGUUCUCAAGCACACACAGGUGGGGGCACAUUUCUCGGGGAUGCUAUCAAACUUGCAACAUCUGACGUCUUCACAGAAACCAAUGGCGAUCGCCCUGACGCCGAAAACGUGGUACUUCUUUUCACUGACGGGGAAAGCAGCUCUGAUCAAGUUGUGAGACGUAGCAUAGAUGAGUUGAAAGCUGAGGCUGAAGUGUUUGUGGUGACUGUGACCGCAAAAGUGGACACCAUCACCGUCGACUUCGUAGCUUCUUCACCAGCUCUGAAACACGUGUUCCACAUUGAUGCUCCCGAAACGGCGAACAUCGUUAGGAACGUCACCACUAGCGAGAUAUGCACAUCCAUACCUCCUGUUGCAAAUGCCGAAUUCAAUUAAAUUUGUUGCAUAACAUAUGUUGAGCAACGUUAUCAA